AUUUCACUUUUUAUAUAUUGUUAUGACAUUAACAACAACUCUUGAUAUUCUUCAUUUCAAUGAUGUUUAUCAUGUAGCACCAUCUAAAGAAGAACCUGUAGGUGGAGCAUCUCGAUUUGCUACUGCUAUCAAAGAAGCAAGAGCUCAAGUUGGUCAUGAUCCUCUUUUACUGUUUUCUGGUGACGCUUUCAAUCCUUCUUUGGAAGGUUCUAUCACAAGAGGAACUCAUAUUACUGAAGUUUUGAACGAAUUGAAUAUUGACGUUGCAUGCGUUGGCAACCAUGACUUUGACUUUGGUGUACCUCAAUUACGAAAACUGAUCGGCAAUUGUAACUUUCCAUGGUUAUGUUCCAAUGUUAUGUAUGCGGAUGGGUCCACUCCAGAACCUUUGAAACGUUGGCAUAUACUUGACGACAAGAAGAACUCGGGUCUUGUUAUUGGUGUUAUUGGCUUGGUUGAAGAAGAAUGGAUCCAAACAAUUCCCUCGUUUCCCUCGGAUUUACUCUAUCAUGAUUUUAUUCAAGUCGGCAAAGAACUUUGUGACAUGUUACGUGAUCCUGAAGGACCAUACAAGGUGGAUAUAGUGAUUGCUCUGACUCAUAUGCGUGUUCCCAACGAUGUUAAAUUAGCCUCCAAUUGUUAUGACUCAAUCGAUCUCAUUUUGGGUGGGCAUGAUCAUUUUUAUUAUGUUUCGAAAUCCAUUGACAUUGUGGGUGAGAAUUGGUCAAGGGAAGAAAACUUGAAAGAUGUUGGCUUUGAUCCUGAACAACAUCUCAAAGGUGAUCUACCGAUUCGUGUGAUGAAAAGUGGUACAGACUUUCGUGAAUUUGGUCUAUUGCAUUUGGUUAUCGACACUGAUGAAAAGGGGAAAAAAUAUAUUCAGCAUAUGUCAGCGGAACACAAGUUGGUGACCUCUCAAAUUGAACCUGAUCCUAAUAUGGAGGAAAUUGUGACUCAAGUAUCAAAACUAGUUUCUUCCAAAACUGAACGAUCUAUUGGUUACACCACUAUUCCAUUGGAAGGGCGUAGUAUGAAGGUACGAACACAAGAAACCAAUCUGGGAAAUUUGACAGCCGACGUGAUGCUUGCAACUUAUUCAACCCUGAAUCCUCCUGCAGAAAUCGCAUUAUGCUCUGGUGGCAGUAUUCGGAAUGACAGUGUAAUGGAUAUUGGACCUAUUACUCUUGGUGAUAUAAUGACAAUGUUCCCUUUCCAAGAUCCUAUGGUAGUGGUUCGAUUGACAGGACAGCAAAUAUGGGAUGCGAUGGAAAACAGUGUAUCAGAAUUCCCGAAACAAGAAGGUAGAUUCCCUCAAGUGGCCGGUAUUCGUGUUGAAUGGUCAUCUCAGCAACCUCGUGGCAAACGCAUCAAGAGUAUUCUUUGUGUCAAACAUACACCAAAUCAAGAAUAUCAUCGUCGCAAACACUCUAUCUUACCUGAUCAAGAUGAACUUUCAGCAAAAUACCAACCUGAAAACAUGAUUCCCCUGGAUUUGGAAAAAGAAUAUGUAGUGGUCACACGAAAUUACAUGACAAAAGGCUAUGAUGGCUAUACUGCUCUGCAAGUGUCAUCGGACAAAUAUAUUGUGGAUUAUGAAAAUGGCGUGUUUAUGUCUACGAUUUAUCGCAAAUUCUUCUUGGGACUCAAAUAUAUCAAUGCAUUCCGAGAACACUUUGUGAAACAACAUCAAAACGACAAGAAAUACAAUAACGAUUUGGAUCAUCAUGAAGAAAAAGCAAGAAAGGAACAUGUGGAUCUUUUGGUGGCAUCGAUUGCAAGACAUUGGCGUAAAGAAGCAUUGAAGAUUCAAGAACAUAAUCAUCCUCUGGAUGGCCGAACGUGUGGUUGUCCUAGCUCAACAGAUUGUCAAAAAUACUUUUCGCAUCAAGUGGAAGUCAGGGCAAAAUGGCAUUGUUUGAAUGAUUCGAUCAUGGACGCUUUAGAAGGUGCUCAAUUGGGUCAUCCAUCGUGUAUUCGAUCCGAAGAUGAAGAAGAUGCUGUGGAAAGUGGCGAAUCGGAAAAGAUGUAUACCUGGAAUGAUAGUAACAUUGUACAACAACGACAAGAAUCUUGGAUCAAACGAUGGGCUAGUAUUUGUCCUAUAGUACAAGGUAGAUUAAUUCAAUUAGAUUAGUAGUUUAGAUUAGAAAUGUAUAUAUUUGUAUCUAUAAAGUCAUAGAAACUACAUAUUAUAUAUAGCAAAUCAAUGAAUCUAUGUGUGUGUGUGUG